AUGCGAUGGUGGCCAUCCCCUAUUUCUCUGAAAGGCGACAAGGAUUUAACGUCGUCUGCCUCGGGGAAAACAGUGCAAGACAAGCCGCCCCCUUUAUGCAAAGAGGAUGGAACCCUCACCCCCGCCGUACCCCAAAAAUCGAAGCAGUGUUAUACCUAUGGAGAUCGUCAAUGGCGUGUGACCAGGGCAAGAAAUGGUGGAACACGACAGUUCUUUCGGAUGCGAGAACUACCGAGGCUGGUGAUGGAACCGAAGCGCAUCAACGGUAGCUGUGGGCACAUUCAUAAAGUAAGCUUUCGAGGAGCGCUUACUUGA